AACUAACGAGGAUGAUGAUCCCAAUGGGGGGUAAUUAGAGCUCGGCUGAUCCCAGAGGCCCCAGUGACUUCCCAGUCUGUAUAAUUGGCCUUUAAUUGAUUUCCCGCAGCAGGAAAGGUGCAAGCGUGGCACCGAGGGGCCAGGUACAUUGGCACAGAAACUCUCAGUGGCACCCAGGCAGCGCCCAUAAGUAGCCCUGGCACAAUGGGGGGGCUACGGGCAGAACCAGCAUUGCAGUAAGACAGAUCCCCUUUGGAUCCCACCAUGACAUCAGACAAUGAGACCUGUUUCCACCCCACCACUUUCAUUCUGCUGGGAAUACCCGGCCUGGAACCCUUCCACACCUGGAUCUCCAUCCCGUUCUGCUCCAUAUUCCUCAUUGCGGUGAUCGGGAACCUUGUGGUCCUGCAGAUCAUUAUAUCGGAGGUGAGUCUCCAUCAGCCCAUGUACAUCUUCGUCACGGUGCUAUCCAUCAUUGACUUGGUUCUGGCCAACUCCACCAUGCCCAAGCUGCUCAGUAUCUUCUGGUCCAGCUCCAACGAGAUCCCCUACCACACGUGCCUCUUCCAGAUGUUUCUCCUCCAUGCAUUCUCUGCCAUUGAGUCUGGCAUCUUCGUGGCCAUGGCCUUUGAUCGCUAUGUUGCCAUAUGCAAUCCACUCAGGUACAAGGUGAUCCUGAGCAAUGGGACGAUCAUCAGAACCAGCGCUUUAGCUGUUAUCCGUGGGGUUAUUUGUAUCCUGCCUCUGUUUCUUCUGGCCGAGAGGCUUCCUUGGUACAGGAGCAACAUUAUCCUCCACUCGUACUGCGAGCACAUGGCUGUGGUUGGACUCGCCUGCCAAGAUGUUUCCCUCAAUGACCACAUUGGCAUGGUCGUUGGGUUCCUGGUACUAGCCAUGGACUCUUUGUUCAUUGUAUUGUCCUACAUCAAGAUUCUGAGGGUUCUGCAGAGACUGCCUUCCACCGCUGGGCUCAAAGCCUUCGGCACUUGUGUCUCCCAUGUCUGUGCCAUUCUAACCUUCUAUGUCCCUAUCCUUGUCUCCUCCUUGGUGCACAGGUUUGGCAGGAACGUUCCUCACCCUACUCACAUCUUGUUGGCCAACUUCUACCUCCUCAUACCCCCCAUGCUCAAUCCCCUGGUCUACGGCAUGAAGACUAAGAAAAUUCAGCAGAAAGUGAGGAAAUAUCUUUAUCUGUUCUAAAUAAAUAAUUCUCUUCUUGAAAA